AUGAUCACAGAAGAAAUGGAAAUGAAAGAUAGGAUUGAAAAAAGUAUUCAACUGUGCAGAAAGGAAAUAAAGACACUAUGCUAUGAGUUAUCAUUAGAGGAGUACAAGAUGGAUGAAAGUUUGACUAUUCUUCAGAUAGAGAGAGAUCUAAGAGUGAGAUUAGAGCUUCUUAUGAAACACAAGAAUGAACGUCUUGAGGAACUGAAGCUCCUACAAAAAGACGACCAGGAAUUAUGUUCUGAUCUUUGUGUUACUCCAUAUUAUAUACCAUCAGGGAGCAUACCAAGUCACAAACAGCUAGAAGAGCUCAAAGAGCACAUCAAGGUUCAGUCUGAAGAAAAGAAAAAACGCCUUGAGGUCUUUUCCUCACUUAGAGCAGAAAUCCGACAGUGUUUAGACGAAAUAGGACGACAGCCUGAAAAUUCCCUGGAGCGAGAUGCCAUCUGUGAGGAUGAAGAAGCUUUUUUUCUCACACCUCAGAAUAUUAAAGCUCUUAAGGUUUUAAAAGAACAGCUAGAAAUCAAAAAGGAAGAACUCUUAUCUAUUCUGAACACACUUAAAGAAAAAGUAGGGGAUUUAUGGAAUCUUUUGCAAAUUAGUCAGGAAGAGAGAGAAGUAUGUCAGAAGAUUUCUGGAAACCCUAUUUACGAUGUAAUUAAAGUGUGGGAAAAUGAGCUUGGACGACUGGAGGAGAUGAAGAUAGCGAAUCUGAAGCAAGUAAUCUUAAAGAUAAGGCAUGAACUAAAGAUAUACUGGGAUAAAUGUUUUUAUAGCGAAGAACAAAGAAAGGCAUUUGCACCAUACUAUAGUGAUGACUUCACAGAAGAUCUUUUAUCCCAGCAUGAUAAAGAAAUUGUGAGACUGAGAUUGCAAUAUGAAAAAUGCAAGCUAAUUCUUGAUUCCAUUGCCAAGUGGGAAGCAAACUGGUCUCAGUUUGUAGCUCUGGAGAAAAAGGCAUUAGAUCCUAACAGAUUCUCAAACCGAGGAGGAAGUUUACUGAAAGAGGAAAAGGAACGUGUAAAACUUCAGAAAUUACUGUCUAAGCUAGAGGAAGAUCUUAAGGCUAGGAUAGAAGUAUGGGAGGUGGAACAAGAAUGUCCAUUUUUGUUUAAUGGAAGCAAGUUUAUGGAUUAUGUUGCAAAUCAGUGGGAAACACUCAAACAGCAGAAAGAACGGGAGAAACAGGAUCGGGUGAGUGCUCUUCCAGUGCUUGUGGCAAAUAUGCAAUUUUCUGUCAUUCUCUACUUCCGGAGGUAUUGGUCUUAUGAUGGUGUGCUUGAUAUUUACUAA